UUAGGACGUGAAAAUAAAUAAAUACAGAGAAUGACUAUGUUAUAAAAUUCAAGAUAAAUUCUCAUAAAUAUUAUCCUUCUACAAGAACAACUUAAAACUUCCCAUUUCCUUUUCUUUUUCUUUUGCAUUCUAAUAAAAAGAAUAUGUUUGCUAAAUUGUGUAUUUUCUUUUUGAUUGCGAUCACAACUAUGGUCGUAGGAGUACCUCUAGAGGAAUCAACAAAGAAUGGGACUUUGAUUUCCAAAAGAACAACAGCUCCCGUCUGUAAAGACCAUAACUACAGUGAGCUUGUAAACGCCUGGUGUGCCACGAAGUCAUCAAUGACGGUUAUAUGCGCAAAUGAAGAUUUGCCAGGCACUUUUACAUCAGAUACUAUUCAAUGUAAUGGCGCCGAAGUUUGUGUUGAUUAUUUUUUAACAGAGAACAACGCACAAGCACAGUGUGCUAGCUUGUACAUGAAAUGGGACAAUAAAGAUGGUUUAAUUUCCUGUUCAGGUACCUCUUUAUAUGGAAAUGGAAAAACAUUCGAUAUAUCAGUCGGAGUGACAACAUAUGAUGUGGAUGGGAAUCCGAUACAAGUAGAUCAAAUUGCUAUAUAUCUGAAUAAUCAAGAAAUUGCAACUACCUCGAAUCUACACAAUGUAAGCACAAUACUCCAGGAUUAUGAAGAUGGAGUUUUUGAAUCAUGUUUCGCAUUUAGAGGUACUGCGAGAGUAACUGGUUAUUUCGCUGCUUUUGGGGCUACGGCUUAA